CGUGAACUGGACGGGGUCGAGACGCUCUCCAAUCCAAGGAGCAUCCUCCGCCUAUCUACAUAGUAAUCUGGCCCGCUUUUGCGCGCCGACAUUCCUCGUGCAUAAUCCUGGACUGCUCCCAAGCGCAUGGACCGGGCUCGCCGGCAAGCUGCUCUAGUUGUAGGUCACUUGUCGCAUGCCUGUGUAUCUGCACUGUGAGGAUGAGAUGAUACCGCGAUUCAACUGCUGUCCAGUCCUACCUGCUCCUCGAGCCUCCGUUUCCUCCGCGCCUAUCGCACCCAUCGGCAUCUCGCAAUCUCUCUGACGGUCUGCUCGCCCACAAGAUUGGACCAUCGCGGUUCCCGGCUCUGGGGAUAUUGCUGAAGAGUGAGGCAUUGGUCGCAGUGGGAGAAAACGUUACAAUCUGCAGCGGGCAAUGGCAACUACACAUACAAUCACAGACCCUCGCCGCGGUCGCCGACUGGAUUGCGCAGCAUCUCUUCGCUAUCUCAGACGAUCCUAGGACUGGGUGAAGGAUAUACCUUUCCAUUCCCGGUGUUGGAGAAGAUUCGGGGGUGAUAUACGUUCCAAGAUGCCUUUGGUCAAUGCAAGCUCCGUUGCAGCGGUUGCAGUUUUACUGUACCUGUCCUCUUUCGUCCUGUUGGCGAUUCUGCGCAUCGCGACCGGUAUAUCCAUUCAAAGAGUGGGCUAUUUUAGUCUGAGACACAUAUCAUAUACUCCAAGAGAAGGGCUGAGAGUGGAUUUGCGGGGACUCGGAUUGAGUCUGCAUAGACCUACCUUUGCUCAGCCGACAUUGAUCAGCCUGGUAUUCGAAGACUUGAAGGUCACCCUCGACCCGGCAUUGUUCGAUCAACAUGCCGGUUCUAGGGCGUCGCCGGAGCAGCGGGAGCCGGCUGACCGUACGGGCAAGGAUGGCAGUCGGACUUCCCCCGGAAAAAGCAAGUUGUGGAAGCGCCUGACCGAGGUCAAAGAACGCAUUAAGCGGAUACAUCGUCAAGUCCAUAUCCUGCGCAUGUUUGACAUCAGCGCCUUCAACACUACUGCUGAAAUUGUGGGCGUCGGCUAUGUGCAAGUUUCGACCUUUAAUGCGGCGGUCUACACGCGGCGGAAGCUCCUGGACCGGGGCCGCUUAUUCCGACAUAAAAAGGAUCCUCUUGGUGGCCAGCGGCCGGCUGAGUGGGUGUUCACAGUAAAGAGCAUCAUAAUGGGAGUAGGUGGUCGCGACCCGACUGAGAUUUUGGAUGCUAUGUCAAUCAAUGUGCAUGGACUCCUUUACAAGGAGAGAGAAGGGCUGCGCGAUACGUCUGUUGCCAUCAAAGCAGGCCGUCUAUAUGUUCCCGUGGAUGAAAUCCUCCAAUUCUCGACUCGGAGCAAAAAAAUCGCGAAAUUGUCACAACAGCCUCCAACGUUGAGCCCUGUUCAGGAAAUCUCGUUCGAGGAUGUUGUCGAGGAAUUGGAUAACCCGGGCAGCCGGGAAGCGUCAAUCGUCCAAACCGUCGCCGACUCGAAGGAAUUCUUCAGCUCGAUAUUACAGAGUGUCCAAGAGAUCCAGCUUGGUAUGAGUUUUGUACGAAUAUCCAAGGAGAUUGAAUCUCUCCGGCAGGCCAAUUUGCCGUUGAUUGCCAACAUGGUCAUCCAUGAGAUUGGUAUUGACCUUCAUCGCCUCGACCAGAACUCUCCAGCUCACCGCAUGUACUUCUCCAGGGAAGACGUGGCUCACCAAGCCUUGGUCGCUGCCGUGUCCAUCUCAGUCAGUCUGGAUGAGGAUGACUACACGCCAAACAGGGUCAUGUACAUACCCAUGGCUACCACAACAAUCAGGACGACGCUGCCAGCCAAAACGAUGAGCUUCACUCAAGAUCGGGAUGUUGCUGAGAGGAACAAAAAUAUUCUGUUUGCCAAUUUCGUCGUCACUUCUCCCUCUCUUGAUUUGGCACCGCAACAUCUGAUCAGACUGCUGUCGCUUACUCAGUUCCGAAAAUACCAGUCCGGCCAAUCUCAACAGAGUCAGCAUCGGUUGAUCUCACGAUUACUUCCAAAAGCAAGCAUAAAAUUUUCGAUCCAUGAGCCGGUCGUACGGUUUGUUCUACCAGUGGCCGACCCUGCCAACGCUGGCCCGGGCGAGUACGACAUGAUCAUAAACUCCAUUUCUUCCAUUUCACUGGACGUCGAAUCGUCACACUCGGCAGGUGGUGAGUUACUAUAUUCUCUGGGCUCCAAUUUUCGGGUUAUGUCGCAACAGCUCUAUUACCAAGCUUCCACCGGCGUCAAACACAACAUCCUUAUUGCCGAAGCACUGGAACUAAAGUUUCAGGUAGCUGCGUCUACAGACGUGUCUGUGAGCGUCUCGGGAAAUCUCCGCACCUUCUCCGUACUCAUGGUUCGGGAAGAAGUGAGCAAGGCAAUCUACAGUAUAGUCAGGCACUUCAAGCGCCAUGUCCCCACCAGGGAUGAAUCGAGGCCUGUCCCAACGGUUUUUCUCAGGACGCUUCCCUCUUGGUUGAUCGAGAUCCAAUUUGAAGGCUCUGGAUGUAGCAUCGAAGCCGCUGGUGUAGAUGCAGCUAUUUCCAGCCAGACCCGAGGCUUCGCCUUGGAGCUUGAAUCCUGGACAGCACAUUACACCUCGUCCCGGGCCGAAACGGUUCGAGAUACUCUCACGCGGAGGAAAACCAGCACUUCGGUUCGUUAUGAUGAGAAGUUCUCCGGCGGCAAACUCCAGUCGCCAACCACCUCGCCCCCUCGGCGUCAUCACACUGACCCCACUGAUGGCCGCCGACUCGCUUUUCACGUCAAGGGUGUCGAAGCCUUCAUUAUUGAAGCCCUCGAUCGAUGGGAACCAAAACCGUUUGCCACAAUCCCAAGGUCUGAGAUCGCGUUCAGUACGUCUCGAGAUCAGCAAGGACCGCUCUUCCACAUCCACUCUACAAUACGCGCCUUUUACUUGGAGUUCUCGCUAUACAGAUUCUAUUCGCUAGGCGUUGCAGGCUCAAUCAUUAAGGAUGCUUUCUUGGGUCCUGUGUCGGCGAAACCAGAUACUGGACGUGCUGCGGCCCACUCCACUACAGCGGAUGUCGUCAGGGAGCCGCACAUGGCUGUUCCUGGAGGCCGUGAGCUUUUCGUGGUUGAUGUCAAGGCCAAUUAUAUACAAGUCAAAGCCAAAAUGCCUGCAGAUCCUGCCAUGCUCUUACAGAUCUAUCAGGUCUCUGCUGGCCGGCACAGAUGGUCAGCUCCAUUCCUUAGAGCUCAACUUCUUCGACUUCAUGCAGAACCGCCGAGACUGAAGGGCGCCUGGGCGCGGAUAGUGGGGGCAAGCAACAUUCGCCUUGAUCUGCGCGAGGGUAAGAGAAAAGCACAGACCGGGGUGGUGGAGGAGAGAUCAAUUGAUGUUUCAACCGAUUUCAUCCGUCUGGCGGUUCCCCAUGGUAUGCAGAUGUACAAAGUCUUUGACAACUUUAUCAACGCCGGCAAGGCUAUCGCGCAGCUGCAUCACCGGUUCAAGACGCGGACAAAUGAAUAUAUUCUGCGGAAGGAACCAGUGGGCCCUAAGAAGGUACCUAGGGUCUCGCUUCGUUCUAAGGCUCUGUGCUUCGAGUUGGAAGACGACCCUUUUGAAUGGAAAAUCGGUGUUAUCUAUCGCAUUGGCCGCAUCGAACAAAAACAACGGUUGGCCCGUGCCGACGCCUUCAGGCUAAAGGUCAAGCGCCUGAACGCCGAACGGCGUCCCCGCUCAACUUCUCGGUACCGCGCUUCGUCUAGUCGGCAAGGAUCCCCUGCAGGUUCUUCUGACCAUCGAUCUCGGCGGUCGAGAAGCCUUGAUAGUACGCCACGCAAAAGGUCCACUUCCCGAGGCAGGCGAGGCAGGAGGUCAUCAUACAUCCGUUAUGACAAGGAAGGGAUCUGUGCUUUGAGCAGCAGUGCCAAAAUCCAAGCUAGCGAGGCAUGGGAACGGCUCCAAGAGCACAAUGCAAGGAGCUGGAAGAGGCGUAUUGAUUGGAUGUUACGACUACAGAACAACACCAUCCAAAAAGUCCGGCAGAUGUUUCAAGGAGCAGAUGAACCACCUCACGAUAGUGCGGAAGAAGAGACCAUCCUUGCCAUUCCUAAUCGCCCUGGGCUCAUGACAGUGAUCAUCAGUGAUCUACAUCUCAUGGUCGACAAACCUUCCUUUCCACAUUCCGACCUGCCCCGAUUUCUCUACGACAUUGGAAAGGGGCUGCCCUUUGACACCAAAUAUGCACUACUCGUUCCUGUCAGCCUUAGUCUAGAUAUGGGCGAGGCUAGAGUAUUGUUGCGAGACUAUCCUCUGAAUCUUCUCCAUAUCCCUCCCAUCCGCUCAGGUCAACCUCCUCGAUUACCUAGCUGGUCCCUACGGACAGAUUUCGUCAUAGCCGAGGAAUUCCGUGACGAGGAAUCCUUGCGGCAUAUCAAUGUCGAGAUUGUCCCGAAAGGGCAGCACGGUCCGGAAGGCGAGGAAAUCCCUUCCUUUGCAAUCGACGUGAGGAGGACGGUGGCGCCUGUUAAAACAUAUUCGAACCCGGUGAUCGACAUCAAUACAAGCCAGUCGACUACCAUCUCGUGGGGUACAUCCUACCAGCCUGUCAUACAAGACAUGAUGAUGAUCGUUGAAGGUUUCACAAAGCCUGAAAUAGAUCCUUCGGAGAGAGUUGGCUUCUGGGACAAGAUUCGACUCAGCUUCCAUUCACGCUUGACAGUGAAUUGGAAGGGUGAUGGCGACGUUCAGCUCCGGUUGAAAGGUUCUAGAGACCCGUAUGUUGUGACGGGCUACGGAGCCGGAUUUGUGAUGUGUUGGCGCAACGACGUACAAUGGCUGAUCCAUGACGGGGAUGAUCCACGCAAGUUCAUGACAGUCAAAAGCGGCGAGUAUGUGCUGGCUAUCCCGGAUUACAGCCACGAAGCUCGCAACUCCCCUGAUCAGGCUGGCAACCAAGAUACAGACAGUAUGUCCAGCAGCAGCUCACAAAAGAAUGCGGCUCUGUUCAAGAAGGUGAUCAUGAAAGUUUCGGGGAACGUCCAAUGGACAGCUGGGCUUGUCUUUGAGCGAGCGUCGGAAGAUGGAGGUCGGAGUUCAACUUUCAAGCCGCACUACGACGUGAUUUUGAAAAACCCCAGUCAGAUGCAUAACGUGGAUCUGACCAACUAUGAUGCUUUCCGCGGCUUCCGAAGUAACUUCAUUCACCUUUCAGUGGCUCUGGCUGCCCCUUUCGACAGAGACUGGGUUGGAGCAGAUGUGGUUCCAUCGGAAAGCUACAACAGCGUCCACUUGAGUCCCAGGUUCUUCUCCCACUUCUUCAACUGGUGGUCCCUAUUCUCGGGAGUGAUGUCUCUGCCAAUUCGACAGGGACCGCUCUGGAGGGGCCCCGAAAGAUCCAGCAAGAAGUUUGGGCGUCACCUCGCAACCAUCAAAUAUGGUCUGCUUCUGUCGCCACUCUACAUCGCACAUAUCUAUAAGCAUAAAGAUGCGGAGGAUUAUCAAGACGAUAUCGUCCACGCCACUGGGUUGAAGAUCAAGAUUGACAAUUUCAUGCUUGAUCUUCAUCAGCGGCGCGAGUACUUUGACACUUUAUCGAAAGGCAAAUCAGAGCAGAUGAGGACCAGUGGGAUGAAGAUCUAUAGGGCCGAGCUUGAUUUUGUCCGCGCUGAUCUGAGGGCUGUCGCGGCAAGCAUAGCGGGAACUACCGCAGAGGAGAUACAAAAUGCUUCGGAUGAGAUGCUGUCUUCACUACAAGAAGUGCCAGCAAACGUCGACAUGUCCCAAUUUACCAUUCCGGACCGCGAUUUCACUUGGAUUGACAUGGAUGACUUCGUGGAAUUGGAUUGGGUAUUGCCGGCAGAGUCCAAUCCAGAAACCAAAAUCUUGCCAUUGGCAUUUACUCCACGCUUCACCUAUUUCCGGCAGACUGAUCAUGGCUCUGGAAUCCAGGGGGACGAGUCUCGUACAAGCCCGUUUGGUGAUGAAGAUACCCAUUUCUGUGUUAUGUCCCGCCAUAAUGACCCACGGAAAGUCCAAAUGAAUCUGAUCGAAACCCGACUUCACGAGUUGGAAGACAAACUGCAAACUCACCUUAAACUGAUGGAAGAGCAUGAGCUCCUUGUGAUUCGCGACGGAGACCAGGAUCAAGCCAUUAAAGACAAACAUAACACCCUCAUUGCACAGCAAAGGGAGCUGGAGAGCAAACGAAGAUUUCUACAACAUGGACUUCGACGACUUGGGGGCCAUACGCAUCCGGGCGAUGCUCAUGUGCCGGAUUCCGUUCAGCGCCGCGGCAGCAAAGCCCCGUCAACCACAGACUUGGACAAUCAAAACAAUGGGCACGUCGACAUGGAUGCGUUAUACUCUGCUCCGCAUGACGAAUUUGCCAGCGACUUCAACAACCGGUUCAUCAUCCAUAAUGCUCAAUUCAAGUGGAACAACUCGUUGCGAAAUAUCAUUCUUCGCUACAGCCAUCAAGUCAGUCAACGCCGAGGCUUUGUGUACUACAUGUCUCGCCGCGCGGUUAAGUUCAUCCUUGACAUUGUCGACGAACAGGCAAAGGCAAAGGAGAUGCGUCGAAGACAGGAUGGGAAGCCGAACAUGCAAGUACCGGCGACUCCAAGCGUGUUCUCUCCAACCGCCGAAAAAGACGAUGACUACGUGGUUGAGGACAGGAUACAACAGCUGCUGAACGAUGCCAAACGGUUUGUGUCUGCCGGUGAUGACAAGGAGGACGAUUCACCUGCAACACAUGAAGAAGACACAACCCAUGCACAGGAGCGAAGACCAUCUUCAGUGGAUCUGGGGGACAAAAUAGCGGAAAAUUUCCAAGCGAUGAAUAGCUAUCACCUACGUCUUAUCGCGCCCCAGAUCCAAUUGCAAAGCGAGAAAAAUAGCCGGUCCAUUGUGUUGAUCGCUACCAAGGGAAUGCAGCUCAAGGUUGUCUCCAUUAUGGACAAAGCCCGAAUGUCGGAUGACGUGAGUGGCCUAGUACAGCGUCGCUUUGCUCUCGACAUGGAUGGCGCCCAGUUUUUCGUGGCCAGUCAGAAGACUCUUGCUCAAUAUCUCCACCUUUAUUCUGGCAACCGGUAUGGCAACUCUCCUGGGUCCUCAUGGCCGCCAUGGGUGUCUCUCGAAGCCAUGUUUGAUUUCCACCUCGAACCGUUCGGGUUUCAAAGAGUCAUCCAGAAGACAUCGGCCAGCUUACGAUAUGAAAAGUAUAAUCCUCUUCGCCUGAAGUACAAUGAAGAGGUGGAGGAGAGUGCCGAAGGUGGUGAGGUCAAAAAUUCAGCUACGAGCAGGGAGAAUCGAAUUGAUCAUCUCUGGGUUGACUUUCCCAGGGUCCGGGCCAGGUGCGACUCGGCUCAAUAUUACACCAUGUACAUUAUUGUACUCGAUCUUCUCCUUUACAGCGAGCCGUUGGAGAAGACGAGGAGUGAGCGGCUUGAAAAGAUUAUGCUUGCUUCGGACUUCAGUGAUUUGCGAGGUGCUCCUGAGAUGGCUGAAAGCCUGCAGGAACGGAUCCGGCAACUUGAGGAAAUUAAGGUCCAUUUUCAGAUCAAUGCCAAAUACCUGGACAAGCAAGGUUGGCAAGAUCGGAUCAACCUGGAGAAGGACUUGGCCAGUUGCGAAGACGAAUUAUUCUUCCUCAUGAAAGCCAUCAACACAGCUCAACAAAGGAACGACGAUCGGAAAGCCUCGACACAGUCGAGUGCGAUGUUACGAUGGUACCUCAGCGCCUCUGAGGUGGUGUGGCAUCUUAUGCUGGAAAGGGACGAGCCACUAGUCGAAUUCCAACUGGGCAACGCUGCGUAUGAGCGCAUCGACAACAGCGACGGGUCGAAUCACAACGCUUUGGAGAUCGAGCACAUCCGAGGGUGGAACCUCCUUCCUAACGCGAUAUAUCCCGAGAUCAUCGGACCGUAUUUCGAGAACGGUGACCGGCGUGGCAGCCUUCCAGAAGGAGCCAAAAUGGUACAAGUCCAUUGGUACAUGUUGGAGGCCAUUGCUGGAAUUCCAGUGCUCGAGCAGUUCCACGUCACCGUGUUCCCGCUCAAGGUGCAAUUGGAACGGGAACUCGGCAGGAAACUGUUUGAGUACAUUUUUCCUGGGGUGGGGUCUAGUGCCUUUGAACAUGGGAAUUUUUCGCCAUUGAUGGUUAAGAACAUGGAGCCACUGGAGGACGAUCAAAGCGAAGAACUGGACAAAGCACAAGAUGCCCUCAUGUCGGACACCGACUUCCCCAGCACCAAUCCCGAGGCACAGCGUGGAACUUCGCCGGGGGCCAUUGCGAGGAGGCUGAAGCCCACCUAUAACAUGAACGACCACGACAAAGGCAGUCCAUCUCCGUCGACGCAUGGACGAAGAGGCUUGGGCUUGUCGGGCGACCACAAGUUCUUUAGACACUUCAAUACCUCGAAUGCACGGUCUGUGCUUAAAGAGCCGACUCGCAAAUCAUCGGGCAGCAGCCUGAGGUUGAAGAAGAAUGACGCUUCUUCCACUAGUCUCGUGACACUCGGGAACAACGAGGAGAAGGAGAGGAAGCGCAAUGUGUUGCAGCGCACGACAAGUAAAGAGAAAGAGCAGCGCGCUGUAGUCAGCAAGAAGGACAAGAAAGACAACAGCAACAAGCCCUCGGACGAUUUGUCGCAGAUGAUGUCGCGGGCAAGCAAUUACAUGACUCUGGCGCACGUCAAGCUCAACAGUUUCGUCAUUUGUCUAAGCUACAAGGGUAAAGGCGAGCGGAACUUUGAGGACCUGCACGACUUUGUCUUCCGCAUGCCCACGUUGGAGUAUCGGAACAAAACAUGGUCGAAUCUCGAUCUCGCGUUGCGGCUCAAGAAGGAUGUCAUCAAGGCCUUGAUCUCGCACACCGGCGCCAUCAUCGGCAACAAAUUCUCCCAGCAUCGUCCCAACCGGCGCCAGGUCGAGCGGCUCAAGGAGAUUGCGCACUCUUCCACCAUUCCGAGUUCCGAGUUUAGUCUUCAAAUGUCCGGCACUGGCACUGGCACUGGCACCUCGGAGACAACCAGUCUGUACAGUUUCUCCCAAGACGGCCGCGGCGACGACGACUUUGAAUCUUCGGGCAUAUCGUUCCAAUCACCCACAACUACUACAAAUGGCCUCAAGGGAGGGCCAUCGCCUCUGUUGCGCAGCGGCUCGUGGCAUUCGAGCAACAUGAAUAACCUUGUCAAUGCUUCUGCAGCUGCUGGCGCCGGCGGUAGCGGUCUACAAGUGCCGCCAUUGCCGCGUUCUACGGCGCCUAGAACUCGUUCCGUCGGCGGAAGCAGUAAUGGGUCCAGUGUUGGUGUUGGUCCUGGUCCCGGUUCGUCGUCAAACAAACCCACUGGUACUCAAUCGUUGUCGCCGGACAACAAUAAUAGACCUCCCACGGCGAAUUCACAGACAAGUUCUUCCAGGGGUUUGCUGAGGGAUACGAUUGGACGACAUUUCUCCAGUGACACUGUCAAGCCUUCCUUGGGUCGUGUCCAUUUCGGCGCGUUGGGGCUGAUCAAGGGUGACUCCUCGGGGGGCCAUCGUGACCAUAACAGCAACAACACCCACAAGGCUCACAGCCAUGGGAACAGUCCGGAUAGAGAUGCGGAUAAUGAUAAAGAUAAUGAUAAUCAUCAGCAGCAGCAACAGCACGGCGGCAACAACAAUGAUGAUGGCGCGGGCGCUGGGGCUGGGGCAAAUGUCGAAAGUGAUCCGGAGACUGGACGGCGGAAGAGCGUUUUGUCGUUGGGAAAAAGGGUGUUGACUCGCUUGAGCUAGCUAUCUUAGCUACCCUACUUGCUCCGGGAUACGGCCGGGAUCUUGUGUAUAUUCUGGAUUGGGACGUGGGAUAUUUGUUUUGCUCGAAAAGCAAAAAGUUGUCAUGGAUGUUUGAUUUUUCUGUCUCAAAUCGCUUCGCCAGAGGUGGAUGGGUUCAUUUAGCAUUAGGCGUCGGCCGUUCGUCGCCACCUUCGUUAUUGGCAAUACUGCGACUGUAAUUGUUUGUUGUGUUUUGUAUGCUCCUCUGCUCUUUCAUCUUCACGAGGAGCUAGAGGAUCGAAUGACGUUUGAUCAGCUUAUGGUUCGAUACUAGUACGCUGACAAUGCUCGCUCGGCCAAAGUAACUUCCGGUUUUACUCUGCCUCAGACUCAUGGACUCAAGACUCAAAACUGAUCCCAGUUAGAGGAAGUGAGAUCGAUCGGUUUGGUGGCGGGCGGCGGUCUAACAUCAGUGGUACCACCAUCAGUGACUGUACUACGAUGAUCAAUGCCGCCGUUUAUGUUCUCUUGGCCUUGGAGUCAGCUUCAUUAUCAGCAUGUCCGGCACCACCACCACCACCGCCGUUUCUAGCUUUCUUCAACUUCAUGACCUUCGGCAUCGGCAGCUCCAUGAGCUUCAUCAGCUCAUUCAUCUCCUUCAGCUUCACGGUCUUUGCCAUCCUCUCCACCAUUCUCUCCUUCUGUCUCCACAUAGUCAAACGCUCCCAUCAUCGGCCUCGGCUUCUUCCAGCCGGACAUCAUCUCAUUGUGCAGAAACACAUCAAAGGUCGGGUAUACGUCGAGAACGUCGUCAAAGAACAUGAUUCCGCAGUGGAGUUUGCGCACCGUCGCUUCAACUUUGAAACCAACACGGAGAUGCGACUGGAGAAUUGACUCGAUAAAGAAAACGUAUUCCUUGUCGGUGUCGGUGUCUGUGUCCUGCUGUAAUCUUCCUGCCUGCUCCUGCUUCUGCUUCUGCUCAGCGGGAGUCAAAUCCUCAGGCAGUGAGUCGGAAUUCUUCCAGGGUUUCGCAUAGACUAGUCCGACAGGUCUGAAAUGUCGCGAGCCCUCGAGAUACAACUGCUUGCACUCUUCAGUCGGUAGUUCGAUCUUUGUGAUCUCAAAUCCAACGUUUUCUUUGACCCAAUCGACUUUUAGAUUUUGUGCGGAUGCCGGGCCGUUGAUUCCAGCAAGGUAUGCGGCAUAGACGGGCUCAGAGGCGGCGCCGGCAACUCCAAAAUGGACUAUUUGCGAAGCUUCAGCGGGCUUCAUCCCGACAAAGACGUGGUCCUCUUGUUGCAUUUCUUCGGGACCCCACCACGUCUCGCCGUCGUAGCUCUGUGCAUAGCGUCCGCCGAACAAGGUCGAGCAGGCAAUGUUGAAGUCUCCGGGCAAGCGACGCGUCGCUUCGGCCACGGCCCACAAUUCCGCGGGGACUUCGCGGCAGAGAUUGCGUGCGGCCAAGACGUCGUCGCGGUAUUCUGGACACACAUCGUGUUGGAGGAGGUAAUCCAUGAAUCGUUCGAGGGUAGUGGUUAGUAAUAGGACUUGGUCGCGAGUUUCGAAGCCGUAGAGGUAUUUGGCGCGUCGGCUGAGAAACCCUUGUAAGCAGCCUAGGAAGUCGACGGCGUACAAGCUCGUUUCUGUG